GUCAAAAUAGCAAGAUGGCGGCAAGAUAUUCAUCACCUGCGUGAUGACUUUGAGAAGGCAUUCUUAGAGGAGGAAAAAGCCUUGACAAAGUUUGAUGUUCACUGGAAAGAUAUUAAGAAAGAUAUUAGCAAAGUGCUGGAGCAGAGUGAAGAUCAAAACAAAAAGAAACAUCUUGAAAAGCAAUUACAAAAAAUGGGUAAGGAACCAGAAAGCGGCUUUAAUGAACCUGCCGCAGGACCUGGCAGUCUGAUUCUUGAUGGAAGCAUCGUCUAUUCUUCGGAGGACAUACAGGACAUACUAGGUCUAGGGAACGGGGAGAACCUUAUCCCAGAGCCAAGUCCAUCUCAAACUCCUGAAGAAGCUGCUGGCCCUGAAAGCGUGCAAGCCACAACAGGGCAGGAGAUAGGCAUCCCAACCAAUGAGAUCUUCGAGCCUAUCACUGCACCUGAACAAGCCACUGAUACUAAUUACGGCCAAAAAGUCCCUGAACAAGCUACUAUCUCUGAAGAAGAUCGAGUGCUGCUCCAACUUUCUUCUGCCAAACAGCUUCUUCAACUUCGGGAUGAAACACAUGCCUCAAAUGCAGCAAAGCAAGCCAAACAAACUCUCAGGACUUGGCUUUCCAGAGACCUGGAAACUUUUUCCGCUGAAGAAAACUUUGAAGAGAUAAAGGAGGCUCUGGAAGUCCUGCAUGCUCAGAACCUGCUCCCUGAACAACUGCUAAACAGGCUUCGCAAAAUGUUCAACUACUUUGAUGCUCGUAUUGCUGAAAACAUCCAAGAGAAACAAGAACUCCAUGACUGCACAAGGUUCUUGACUGAUCAUGAACAAGACCUGGUUAAGAUCAAACAUGGAGUAGAGAUAUGUCAAGCCUGUGAAGCUGAGCUGGAGGAUUAUGACUCAAAAAUUGGCAGGGUAAAGGCAGAAUUGGCUGCACUGGAACAAGGAAGAGCCGGAGUCAUGAAGAAAAUUCAGGGCGUGAUGGGAGGUGUGGAGCUUGUGAAGAGGAAAUUAGAACAAGAGUCUUCUCAAGCUGAUCAAGUCAGGGCUAAAAGAUUUAGGCUAGAAAUUAAGGUAGGUAGGAUUAACGGUCUGUGGUUAGCCAUUACGAAGGCUCAAUGGGUUGCUCUUCCUCCAGCGCCGAGAUUUCAACGGGCAGUAAAAACGGGAUUCAUAUGUGACCCUGCCUACUAUAACUACAAGGAACUCAAUAGUGAGCUUAAUGCUGAGUAUCGGUACAGAGUUGUGCGAAUCGAUCACCUUAGACUGUGGUCCUCCUCGCAAUUCAUGUUGGAGAUCUUCUCAUCAGAGACUGGUGAAUGGACACAGUCAGUUGUACAAUGCCCCAAAGACUUUCGUGGCUUUCAUUAUUGCAAUUGGGGAAUGCUUGCUUACAACGGAAUGUUGUAUUGGUCUGGUAAUGGUGGAAUUCUUAUGGAGUUGGAUCCCUUCAACAACAAUACUACGACCACUAGUACUAGUGCUUAUAAAAUUUUUGAGAACGAAUUCUGUAGUUUCGUUGCAUUUGAGAAGCCUGCUGCCGCAACCUUAGACGCUGAUCCUAGUUUUGAGUGCCUAAGCAUGUGCCAAGGGCGUUUACGGAUGUGCUAUUCCGGGAGUGGCAAGACUCUCUGUGUUUGGGAGUGGAAAGAAGUACAAGAUCCGACCAACGGAGGCAAAUUAAUGAAAUGUUUUUUGGUAAAAAGGUUUUUGUUGGACCAACUGGUUACGGAAAAUAAUCCAGUAAUUGUUGAAUGGGUAAAUAGAAAGGCGUGGUCGCAGGCUAUGGUGUUGGCUUUAGACCCCAAAGAUGAGGAUAUCUUAUAUGUACGUAUGGGUGGAGAUAUUGUAGCAUGCAACUUCCGUACAAGAAGUUCGUUCAUCAACACGCUAUCCGAUUUUGAUCAAACCAACAAUAUAGGGAGGCCCAAAAGUGCUCAAGUGAAAGCAUACUCAUUUUCACGCUGUUUGCCGACACCAGUUCCUAAACCGUUUCCUCAUCAUGUAUUGGUUGAAAGAGACUGA